GCACUAGUACCAUUUCAUAUUUAUCCUUCUCUAUUUAUAUCACUUCUCCUCUGCUCUGCUAAGCUCCAGAUCCAUCUUUUUAUUCUAUUUUCACUUUUAUUUAUUUAUUGUAUUUAUAAUUAAUAUCUUUUUAUAUAUAUUUGCUUAUAUCGCGCCGCCAGAUCCUUCGCCGCUCAGAUUCCGAUCAUCGGCGUCGUUUCAGAAUCUAACACUAGAUACUCCUUGUGCUACUUCAUUUAUAGACAGAUAGAUACGUUUUGUAUGUAUGUCCAUGUGUUUCAUUUCAGCUUAUUUCUGCUUUUUGUUUAAUUAGCUUAGAAAUUGGGGUUUAUUAAAGUAUGGAUUCGUAGAUUAAUUAGUUUUAGAUUGCUUGUAGUUUAGAUCACUUUUUUUUUUUUUGGAUUUUAGGGUUAGGAUUGAUAAAUAGAUUAGUUAAUUUUAGAUUGUAUUGUAGAUUAGUGUUUUUGUUUUUUGGGAUUUUUUGGGGGAUUUUAGGGUUAGGAUUGAAAAAGUGGCGAAGAUGAGUUUGGGGGCGGCUGAGGAUGAUUCAGCAACGGAGAUUCAUCUUCCAGCUGAUAUUGAUUGGGAAAUGCUCGAUAAAUCGAGGUUUUUCUUUCUCGGGGCAGCUCUUUUCUCAGCUGUAUCUGGCACUUUGUAUCCAAUGGUUGUGUUGAAAACUAGGCAGCAAGUGUUGCUUAAAGAUACUUCGUGUUUUAAGCUUGCGGCUUGGGUGCUCAAGCAGGAGGGGUUUAGGGGGUUUUAUAAGGGCUUUGGGACGUCGUUGAUGGGGACGAUUCCUGCUAGGGCGCUUUAUAUGGGGGCACUUGAGGUUACCAAGAGUAGUGUGGGUACUGCUACUGUUAAUUUCGGGGUUUCUGAGGGGAAUGCUGCCGCGAUUGCGAAUGCUGCUGGGGGUGUCAGUGCUGCUAUGGCGGCGCAGUUGGUUUGGACUCCGAUUGAUGUUGUUAGUCAGAGAUUGAUGGUGCAAGGUGGGAGUAAUGUGAAUGGUUCGGGUGGGAGUGCUGUGAGGUAUAGUGGUGGGAUUGAUGCGUUUAGGAAGAUUGUUGCCUCAGAUGGGUUGAGAGGUCUUUAUAGGGGGUUUGGGAUUUCUACAUUGACGUAUGCUCCGUCCAAUGCUGUAUGGUGGGCGUCUUAUUCUGUAGCGCAUAGGUUGAUUUGGGGAGGGGUUGGUUCAUAUUGUUGUAAGAAAGAUGAAGGGGGUUUUAGGCCUGGUUCGAUGGCUGUGGUGGCGGUACAAGGGGUUAGUGCUGCUAUGGCUAGUGGGGUAUCAGCCUUGAUCACAAUGCCGCUAGAUACAGUAAAGACAAGACUGCAAGUGUUGGAAGGAGAGGGCCGGCCGACAAUUGGACAGACCGUGAAGAAGCUGGUCAAGGAAGGCGGACUAGGUGCUUGUUAUAGAGGUUUGGGGCCGAGGUGGGCUUCGAUGUCUCUUUCCGCAACCACCAUGAUCACCACUUACGAGUUCCUAAAAAAAAUGUCUACGAAGAAUCAAGAAGUGUUUGCUUAACUAAGUUUUGUGGGAGAAAGAUACAAAGUGGAAAAAGUUUAGUAUGUUGCAAAUCAGAUACACACUGUUAUAACUUGGUUGCUUGUCAUGUGCUGAUGACCUUCCUCUAUGAAUACCAAUGUAAAUAUGUAAAGUUGUACUUAAGGUUUACUUAUGAUUAACACGAAAAUCAAAUUACAAUGUCCAA